GUGGCGAACGCAUGUAACUACUGUCGGCACAUUGGUCCACAUUUUGACGUAAUAAAUAACGGACGCAACACGUGAAUAACGAGACUCGAGUCCCGUGAUAAAUGUCGCGGAGCAGCGUCCCGAGAAUUUGACGUUUUGCGUAUCAUUCGUCGGCCGAUGACAGGUCGCGGGCCACGUGCGCUUCUGUGAGGAUUCGCCCGCGCGGACUAAUCGGAGGAAAAAUAAUCGUACACGUCCUACGCUACGAUACGUGCGACAGCCUGACGGAAGGAUGCGUGCCGACACGUACGUCCUGCUGAUUUAUCUGACGCUCGCGAUUUUCGGUGCUGCCGAAAAAAACGAGAGCGCCUUCGUAGCGACCCACGAGUGGCAGACGGUGAAGAAGGGAACUCCUAUCCCUAAAGGACUUCAUGUAAGACAUAAUUUUGCAACUGGAGUAACAGAGGCUAAAUUAAUGGAUGAUGCGGAGGAAGUAAAAGAAGAUGAUGAAAAUGCGAACCGAUCAAAUUCUAAGUCACUGACAUUACAUCCUGAUAAGUCAGUGCUAGAAAAUGAAAAAGUGGAUCCUGUGAAAAUAAAGAAAGAUCCUGAAUCGUUAAAAUUUCCUAUUGAUGAAUUAAAAGCAAGAUUAAAAAAACUUAAACAAGAAGAAGCAGAAGAUGUUUCAAAUGAUGGAGAAACUCGGCAAAAAGAGAAGCAUUUCAAACGUUUCUAUGAAACCUUGAAAGAGGAACUUAAUGCUCUCAAACUUAAUGUCACAAGUGAUUCGGAAUUAUUAAAGAGGUUUUUCCAGAAAUUUCAAUCGUAUAAAAGUAGUAUCACUACAGGAACAUUAACCAGUAUAGAGAUUGAAGAAGUUCUGGAUAUUUUGAACAAUUUAGAAUAUCUCCUUCAUCAAAUUGAUAAUGCUAAAAUAUUCUCAGACAUGGAUGGACUAACUAAGAUCAUAUCACCAUGCCUCAAUGGAACCAAUAAUGAAAUAAAAUUGGAAGCAUUACGCCUUUUGGGAGCAGCUGCACAAUCAAACCCAAAAGUGCAAGCUAAGGCAUUGGAAAAUGAUUUUAUUCAAAAAUUACUACACGUUUUAUCUACAAAUAAUAAAAUUGAAGUAAAAUCCAGAUGUCUCUAUGCUCUAAGUGCCUUAAUACGCCAGUUCCCUGCUGCUCAGAAAGCUUGGAUUGAUCAUGGUGGUUUGCAACUAUUUGGGAAGAUUCUAGACGAUGAUCAAUUACAGAUACAAAUGAAAGCAAUAAAACUAAUUAGUGAUUUAAUAAUCGAAAGACAAAACUUACAAGAAAUUUAUGAUAUCGAACAACGUCAGCAAAAAAUGAGGGAGUAUGCCAUUACAGAUUUCGAGCAAAGAUUAUUGAGACACGAUUACUGUAAGUUACUAAGCAACUUAAUGAUCAAGUGCUUCAAAGAAAAGCUAACUAGCCAAUUCAGCAUAGAAAAUAAUGAUUUUCUCGAAGUAGUUUCAGACAGCAUGAUCACAAUAUCUCCUGUUUGUAGAACUGAAUUUAAGAAUAUUAAGCUUUCACUUUUACCUGUUAUAGAUAAUCUCUUAUACUUUUAUCAAAAUUUGAAUAAUCUUAAACUCACUAUGGAUGAAAUUGAUGUUUUAAAGAGUUUGAUAUUAAUGAUUGAAAGAUUAAAAGUUACUAUUUUUGAAGCACCUCAUGAUGAACUGUGAAUAUUUUUUAAUCAGCAUUUAAUUGAAAGAAUUAAAGACUACAAAUUGAAUUCAAAUCUUAUAGGAACAGAUGUAAGAGUGCAAUCAUGUAUGUACAAUAGUAAUCGUUUGUAACAGCAUAGAGCUUGCUUAAUUCACAUUUGUUUAGAGUAAAAAAAAUUGUAAAAAAGCGGAAAGAUUAAUCAUCAUUGUAAUAGUUUUGAAAAAGAAAAAGUUAUGUACGGAAAUACACGAUUAGCUAUAAUUUUUAUAGAUCUUAAGAAAAAUUUAUAAUCAUAAAAAAUAUUUUAUUAUUCUAAAUGUGACAUCAUAUUGUCUUCAUUAUAAUAAUUUAUCAUACUUGCAUGAUUGAUCAAUGGGAGUGUACAGAUUCUCGUCUCUUGCAUCUGAGGUAUAAAAUACUAGUCAUUACAUAUCAAUUAAAUUUUUUUAUCCAGUGUUUGAAUGUGUUAUAAUCGUUAGUGAUUUCUAUUGUUAUAAUCGAUUAUUAUUAUAUAGGCGAAUUUUCUUUUUAUUGGCCUAUUAAAUAGUUAAACACUCGAAUGUGUUAAGUAUACAGGAGACGGGAACUUGAUUUUAUCACUUAUAGAGCUCAAUCAAUAUUCCAUAUGUAUAAUUCACAUUUCUUCACAACUAAGAGAUGUUUAAAAUGACUGAAAUAUAUGUACAUAUUUAAUAUGUAAGGCUUCAGUUAUUUACUGUCAGCUAAUAAGUGCAAUUGUUUAUGCAAGUAUGUACAAUUGUUGUUUUGUUUUAGAAUAAUUAUUUAAUAAAUUAUUUUGUACCAAUAAAUA